AUUUAUUCCGUCGCUUCGUCCGAGCCCACCCGCCUCCACCGCCGCUGCCUCUGCUGUUGGCUCUGGCAAAGUCACGCUCUGCCCAUACGGUCAUCUCAUCCGGCCAUCUCAUCCGGCCAUCUCAUCUGGUCCCUCAUCUGGCCAUCCCUGUCCAGCGGCUUGAAUCCUCGGUGCUUUCGCCUGAACCGCAUCUGGCCCGGAUCGAUGGUGCUGCCGGCACGUUUGUCCCUGCUGACCCGCUGCGGGUCUCUGUUCUGCUCUCGGGGAACCCGGGCUCCCAGAGCAGCGUCCGUCGCAAGCUCUAUCCCAACCCCAAGCAGCAUCUGGCCCGUCCGCACCUACGCAACGACGAGGGUCCACUUGCAACCGACCCGCCUCUUGUGUGGAGCUGCGCUGGCAUCGCCGGCCAGAGCAAUGCUGGGUUUGUACAGCCCCGGCAAGACCGCCGGUUCUCUGCUGCAGAUGACGACAGCCAGGCAUUACACUCCCGACAGGGCGGGCGAUCCAGCCCAGGCGACCAAGGCGAUCAAGACGACCACGGCAGGCAAGCCCACUCCCGCCCUCGGCAACCUGUCUCUUUCGUCACAGGGCACCCACGCCUCCCAGCACGAUCUCCAGAUCAUCCGCGAACUCACAAAGUACCUGUGGCCCAAAAACAACAUCGCCAUCCGGGCCAGAGUCGUCCUGGCCCUCAGUCUGCUCCUCGCCGGCAAGCUCUUUACGAUCUACGUCCCUAUUAGCUUCAAGCACAUCGUCGAUGCCCUCAACAUCACCCCCGAUCCCUCCAUGACGGUGAUGACCCUGGCCGGCACCAUGCUCCUCGCCUACGGCACAUUCCGCUUUGCCGGCUCGCUCUUUGGCGAGCUCCGCAACGCUGUCUUUGGACAUGUCGCCCAGAGAGCCAUCCGCUCCGCCGCCAAGGACAUCUUUUACCAUAUCCACAACUUGGACCUCUCCUUCCAUCUGUCGCGCCAGACCGGCGGGCUCACCCGCUCGAUCGACCGCGGUACUAAGGGCAUCAACCAGAUCCUGUCGUCGAUGGUUUUCCACGUCGUGCCGACCCUCUUUGAAAUCUCGCUGGUCUGUGGCAUCAUGGCGUACAACUUUGGACCCGGAUACGCCGGCGUGGCGCUGACAACCAUGUUUGCCUAUUCAGCCUUCACCUUCCUCACGACCUCUUGGCGCACCAAGUUCCGCCAGCAGAUGAACAAAGCCGAUAACGAAGCCGCAACCAAGGCCACGGACUCGCUGCUCAACUUUGAGGCCGUCAAAUACUUCAACAACGAGCGAUUCGAGAUGAAGCAGUAUGACAGCUCCCUGAAAAAAUACGAGGCUGCGGCCCUCAAGACCACAACAUCGCUGGCCUUCCUGAAUGCCGGCCAGAACUUUGUCUUCUCGGUUGCCCUGACGAUCAUCAUGUGGAUGUCGGCGCACGGGGUCAUCCAGGGAGCACUGACCGUCGGCGACUUGGUGAUGCUCAACGGCCUCCUGUUCCAGCUCUCGAUGCCUCUUAACUUUUUGGGAACCGUCUACCGCGAGACCCGCCAGUCGCUGAUCGAUAUGGACACCAUGUUCCGGCUGCACCACAUCAAAACAAAUGUGCCCGAGCGCGCCAACCCCAAGGAGCUCCAGAUCGUGCCGGGCACCUCGACCUCGUUCAUCGACUUUGACAACGUGUCGUUCGGUUACAGCCACGAUCGCCGCGUUCUGGACCAGAUCAGCCUGAAGAUCCCGCUUGGUGCCAGGGUUGCCUUUGUGGGCCCCAGUGGCUGCGGCAAGUCGACGAUCCUGCGACUCUUGUUCCGGUUCUACGAUCCCAGCCACGGCACAAUCCGGAUCAACGGCACUGACCUGCGUGACUACUCGCUGUCGUCGCUGCGCCAGGCAAUGGGUGUUGUGCCGCAGGACACGAUCCUGUUCAACAACACUCUUCGGUACAACAUUGCAUACGGCAAGAUUGGCAGCACGGACGAGGAAGUAAUUGCCGCUGCUCAGAUGGCCCAGCUCCACGACGUGGUCCAGACCUUCAAGGACGGAUACGACUCUCGGGUUGGCGAGCGCGGCUUGAUGGUCAGCGGAGGCGAAAAGCAGCGCGUGCAACUUGCGCGAGUGUUUUUGAAGGAUCCCCCGAUUCUCAUGUUUGACGAGGCCACCUCGGCCCUGGAUCUGACCACCGAAAAGUCGAUCAUGGAGGCCGUCCACACCUUCAUCGGCUCCGAGGCAGACUCGUCCAGCAAGAAGACGGCCAUUUUUAUCGCCCACCGCCUCUCGACCAUCAUGGACUGCGAUGUGAUAUUCGUGCUCAAGGCCGGGCGAGUCGUUGAGCAAGGCACGCACGACGAGCUUCUCCAGAUUGAGGGAGGUGUCUAUGCGGCCAUGUGGAACGCCCAGUCGAUCAGCGGCGGUAGUCUCGAGGACCCCGAGGAGGUCUUGACCCUGUAAUGCGUUUGCUGGAAGCGACGACAGGGAAGGGAGAGCGGCUGAACGUCCGCUCUGUGUGCUCUCUGAGCCAGAACACGAUUUACUUGACUUGA